AUGCAUCCUUCUCUCUUCUUGGCUGCCCUUUGCCUGGGAAUAGCCUCAGCUGCUCCACAACCCAAUCAGAGCUUAGAUGCACGCUGGUCUCAGUGGAAGGCGGCCCACAAGAGACUAUACAACAAGGAUGAAGAAGGACGGAGGAGAACAGUGUGGGAGAUGAAUCUGAAAGUGAUUGAACAGCACAACCAGGAGUACAGCCAAGGGAAACACAGCUUCACAAUGGCAAUGAAUGACUUUGGUGACCUGACCAGUGAAGAAUUCCAACAGGUGUUGAGUGACCUUAAAAUCCAGAAGCAAGAGGACCGGAAUGUGUUCCAAGCACCUCUCUUUGCUGAGAUCCCCUCGUCCGUGGACUGGAGAGAGAAAGGCUACGUGACCCCCGUGAAGGAUCAGGGUCAGUGUCAAUCUUGUUGGGCUUUUAGUGCAGCUGGUGCCCUUGAAGGACAGAUGUUCCGGAAAACGGGCAAACUUGUGUCACUGAGCGAGCAGAACCUCGUGGACUGCUCUUGGUCUCAAGGCAAUGAGGGCUGCCGCGGUGGCCUGAUGGAUUUUGCCUUCCAAUAUGUUAUGGACAACGGAGGCCUGGAAUCCGAGGAAUCCUACCCGUAUCUUGCAAGGAAUGGCUACUGCAGAUACAGGCCUGAGAAAUCUGCCGCCAAUGUGACUACCUUCUGGCACGUCUAUAACGAGGAGGAUGGUCUUAUGACCGCAGUGGCAACUGUGGGGCCCGUCUCUGCUGCUGUAGACUCAAGCCCGUAUUCCUUCCAGUUCUAUAAAACAGCUGGGGUACAAACUGGGGCAUGGAGGGCUACAUGCUGUUGGCCAAGGACCGGGACAACCACUGUGGAAUCGCCUCCAUGGCCAGCUUUCCUGUCGUGUGAGAUGAGGGCGUACAGAAGGCUUGACUGGGAACCGAAUAUCGAGAAGAUGAAUUUUGUUCGAAAGCCGACCACAUCUUAUGAUACGGGAUAAAACACAUGAACCAUUGAAGACCCAAGCUGGGAUUUGACUGUGUGGAUUUUAUAUGAGGAAUGUUACCACUUCGCUCGUUACUGAUGUAAAAGCCUUUGUA